AUGAAUCACUCCGGUGCAAUUGAGCUUGUAGCAGGCAAGGUUACGGAUAAUCCAGAGUAUUAUUCCUUAUUUCUUCUUUCUGGGUCCUCUCUUGAUUCAAACGAGAUGAAAGAAGAAGCUUUGGAGGCUUCGCAUCAACCUAGGAGACUUCGACUGCUCUAUGAGCCUUUAUACUUGCUUCAUUCUCUGGGUGAGGUUCGAAGGGAUUGGAUCAAACCAGGUGAGGUAUCCCAUGAGGACCUGGGGUCGACUGGCCCAAGGUGCUAUCAAAAUUUUGUGGACGCCAUCGCUUAUAUAUGUGCAUAUCGAAAAGAACCUGAGUACGUCACUGCGGCAGCCUUGGAAGACACUCCUGACGCGAUAGUGGUGUUUCUGGCUGCCAAUGGUGGCAUUGAUAGGGACGUUGUCAUCUUUUUGAAGAAUGUUGUUCUUGUGAUUCUUUCAUGGGUCAUCAAGAAUCAUAGCAUUAGUCUGGUCAAGACAGAGGGCCAAAAGGUCAUGAAGGUCUUGGCUGACCAUGUGCUGUCUCUCAAUGCCCCAGAAUCUUUUAAUACUAUCAGCAAGUGA